AUGCGUUUUAUUGCCUGGUUUGAAAUAUCCUGGGUAGAUGAAUUCCUCAUAUUGAGCGAGGACGUGGAAAGUUUGUUGAUUCCAAAAAAAGACAUAUGGUAUCCGGACAUCAGUAUAUACGACACUGUUGAAGAUCCACAGACCAUCAGUGAUGGACAACAUGUGAUUCUGUUCCAGGACGGCCGUGUGUCAUGGUACCCAGGAAAUGAGUAUGUUACAAGAUGUAGUAUCGACAUUCGACGGUAUCCUUUUGAUGAUCAGGUGUGUAACUUACGUGUUGGUGCAUGGCAUACUACAGCAUGGACACAACAACUGACAGACUCUGGAAAAGGACUAGAUAUUUCAAAUUAUGUCGAAAAUGGGGAAUGGGAGAUUACUCGCACAAUGGUGGAGGCAAACAAAAGUCCUGGAUAUAACACCUCCUGGAUACGGUAUCAUAUAUAUCUUAAACGCCGUUCUCUACAUCCGAUUCUAAACACUCUUGCUCCAGUCGUCAUGCUCUCCUUCUUGAACACGCUAGUGUUUCUACUUCCGGCUAAUUCUGGUGAGAAGGUGACCCUGUGUAUAUCUGUUCUCUUGUCCUUCACCGUGUUUCUAACCGUGUUUAAUGAUACAAUGCCGAAGAUGUCCACUACCAUAUCCUAUCUGUCAAUCUACCUUGUCGUUCAGCUCGGAAUGAGUGUGUUUGGAAUCGUCAUGUCAAUAUAUAUAUGGAGAAUGAAAGAUAGAGAAGACAAUAAAUACCACUUUGUCAAUGUUUCUGCUAAUAAAAAUGAAGAAGAAAUAAACAGAAGCGUGUACACAAAAAGCGAGGACUUGAAGGAUCAUAGUAUAUCUCUUCGGCUCCAAGGAUACAAGGAUGGUAUCGAGGAAAACAUUGCUAUUGGUGAAAGUUCCAAAACCGAGGGUUGUCAAGGAGACGAGUCAGACUUUCACUUUUUCAAUAGUAAUUAUAGCAAUGGUUUCUUAAGAAAGGAAUCGUCACGAAAAACACGAUAUAGUGCGGCAGUCUUUCCGUCACCACAAAAAUAUAAUAUUGACGAAAAGGAUGCUGAUGAUCCCAAUCGGAAAAUUAAAAAACUCGAUAUGAUCAUAAAUGGUGAAACGGAUGGCAUUAAUGUAGAUGAAGAUGACGAAGUGCGCCUCAUUGAAUCGAUCCGCAAAAGAAGAAAUGAGAGCGAGGAUAAUCACGUGACUGUGUCAAUGGCCGACUUUGUGAAUGUUGACAACAAUCUAGUUAACACUGCUGAAAUUUCUGAGGACGAUGUCGUGAGAUGUGUUGUAAAACAGGAUUCCGAUACUGAGGAAGCAGAGGAACAGAACACAGCUGUUCUCAGCCAGUGCCAACAUUAA